AUGACUGACGAAGCUCAUUUUCAUUUGAAUGGAUAUGUGAAUAAACAGAAUAGUCGGUUCUGGGCAAUUGAAAACCCUCAAAUUAUUCAUCAGUCACUUUUGCAUCCAUUAAAAGUGACAGUCUGGUGUACAAUUUGGUCAGGAGGAAUCAUUGGACCUUACUUCUUUGAAACUGAAAACGGCGUAAUGGUAACUGUCAAUGGGGAGCGAUAUCGUGAUAUGAUUGAAAAUUUAACGCCACAACUGCAUGCUUUGGGCUUGAUUAACAUGUGGUAUCAACAAGACGGUGCCACAUCGCAUACAGCCAGGAUUACAAUGGAAUUACUGCGAGACCUCUUUCCACAACAAGUUAUUUCAAGAAAUGGUGAUGUUGAUUGGCCUCCACGGUUGCCUGAUUUGACUGCUCCGGACUAUUUUUUGUGGGGAUAUCUGAAAAGCAAGGUUUAUGCAAACAAACCAGAAACGCUGGAGCAACUCAAACAAAAUAUUUGUGAUGAAAUUAAUGAAAUACCGCGUGAAAUGUGUGAGAAUGUAAUGAAAAAUGUGCUGAAAAGGGCCCGCAUUUGUGAGGCUAACAGAGGCGGACAUUUAUCUGAUAUUGUAUUCCAUACAUAA